GCCGCUUCUAUGGAUGAGGAAUGUGUGUGGAGUCCAGCCCGGAGGCGGUGGGAAUCCGGGAGACAAAUCCUGGGAGCCGUGGAGCCCCAGGACCAUGGAUGCUCUUAACAGGAACCAGGGAGGCCCUGGAUGCAAGACCCAAGCAAUGGUAAAGAAGGGGCCCUUGGACUUGAUUGAGACAGGCAAGGGGCUGAAAGUGCAGACGGACAAACCACAUCUGGUGAGCCUGGGCAGUGGGCGGCUCAGCACGGCCAUCACCCUUCUGCCUCUGGAGGAAGGGAAGACGGUGAUUGGCUCCGCGGCCAGGGACAUCUCCCUGCAGGGUCCCGGGCUGGCCCCAGAGCACUGCUACAUCGAGAACGUGCGGGGCACCCUCACCCUCCACCCUUGUGGCAACAUCUGCAGUAUCGAUGGGCUCCCUGUCCGGCAGCCCACCCGGCUCACUCAGGGCUGUAUGUUGUGCCUGGGCCAGUCCACCUUCCUCCGCUUUAACCACCCAGCCGAAGCCAAGUGGAUGAAGAGCAUGAUUCCGGCAGGGGGCCGGGCCCCAGGGCCCCCCUACAGUCCUGGCUCAGCAGAGUCCGAAAGCCUGGUGAAUGGGAACCACGCCGCACAGCCUGCAACCCGGGGACCCUCCGCCUGUGCCAGCCACAGUUCGCUGGUGAGCUCUAUUGAGAAGGACCUGCAGGAGAUCAUGGAUUCCCUGGUGCUAGAGGAGCCUGGAGCUGCUGGCAAGAAGCCUGCCGCGAUUUCCCCGCUGUCGCCCAUGGCUAAUGGUGGGCGCUACUUGCUGUCCCCCCCAACCAGCCCUGGUGCCAUGUCUGUGGGCUCCAGCUAUGAGAACACCUCUCCAGCCUUCUCUCCACUCUCCUCACCGGCCAGCAGUGGAAGCUGCGCCAGCCACUCACCCAGCGGGCAGGAGCCUGCACCUUCCAUGCCCCCGCUGGUUCCCGCCCGUUCCUCCAGCUACCAUCUGGCCCUGCAGCCCCCACAGUCCCGGCCGAGUGGUGCCCGCGCCUCUGAGAGCCCCCGGUUGGGUAGGAAGGGGGGUCAUGAGAGGCCUCCGAGUCCUGGCCUCCGAGGUCUGCUGACAGACAGCCCUGCAGCCACCGUCUUGGCGGAGGCCCGCAGAGCCACUGAGAGCCCCCGGCUGGGAGGACAGCUGCCUGUGGUGGCCAUCAGCCUGAGUGAGUACCCAGCUUCCGGUGCCCGAAGCCAACCCACCAGCAUUCCUGGCAGCCCCAAGUUCCAGCCUCCAGUCCCUGCUCCCCGAAACAAGAUUGGCACACUCCAGGACCGCCCUCCCAGCCCUUUCCGUGAGCUGCCGGGCACCGAGCGGGUGUUGACGACCAGCCCCUCGCGCCAGCUGGUGGGCCGAACCUUUUCCGACGGGUCAGCCACCCGCACCCUGCAGCCUCCCGAGAGUCCCCGCCUGGGCCGGCGCGGCCUGGACAGUAUGCGAGAGCUCCCUCCGCUGAGCCCCUCUCUGUCCCGACGGGCACUCUCCCCCAUGCCCACCAGGACGGCUCCAGAUCCCAAGCUCCCCCGAGAAGUAGCAGACAGCCCCCGGCCCCGGCGCUGGGCCGCCCACGGGGCCUCGCCGGAGGAUUUUUCACUGACCCUGGGGGCUCGGGGCCGGAGGACACGGAGCCCCUCACCCACGCUUGGGGAGUCCCUGGCACCCCGCAAGGGCAGCUUCAGCGGCAGGCUGAGCCCAGCCUACAGUCUGGGCUCUCUGACAGGGGCUUCGCCCCGCCAGAGCCCCCGCGCCCAGAGGAAGCUGUCCAGUGGGGACUUGCGGGUGCCUGUCACUCGGGAGCGGAAAAAUAGCAUCACGGAGAUCAGUGACAAUGAGGACGACCUCCUGGAGUACCACCGGCGCCAGCGCCAAGAACGGCUCUGGGAGCAGGAGAUGGAGAGGCUGGAACGCCAGCGCCUGGAGACCAUCCUGAACCUGUGCGCCGAGUACAGCCGGGCCGACGGGGGUCCUGAGGCUGGGGAGCUGCCCAGCAUUGGGGAAGCCACUGUAGCGUUGGCGCUGGCAGGCCGGAGGCCCUCCCGAGGCCUUUCAGGGGCCACUGGGAGGAACGCCGAGGAGCCUGGAGGGGCCACCCAGCGCCUGUGGGAGUGUGUGGAGCGCUCGGACGAGGAGAACCUCAAGGAGGAGUGUAGCAGCACGGAGAGCACCCAGCAGGAGCAUGAAGAUGCCCCUGGCACAAAGCUCCAAGGAGAGGUGCUGGCCCUGGAAGAGGAGCGGGCCCAGGUGCUGGGGCGCGUGGAGCAGCUCAAGGUCCGCGUGAAGGAGCUGGAGCAGCAGCUGCAGGAGUCGGCCCGAGAGGCUGAAAUGGAGCGAGCACUGCUGCAGGGGGAGAGGGAGGCUGAGCGGGCGCUGCUGCAGAAGGAGCAGAAAGCAAUGGACCAGCUGCAGGAGAAGUUGGUGACGUUGGAGGCCGGCAUCCAGAAGGAGAGGGACAAGGAGAGGGCGGAGCUGGCCGCGGGACGGAGGCACCUGGAGGCCCGCCAGGCGCUCUACGCCGAGCUCCAGACGCAGGUCGAUAACUGCCCCGAGUCAGUGCGGGAACAGUUACAGGAGCAGCUGAGAAGGGAGGCCGAGGCCCUGGAGACAGAGACAAAGCUGUUCGAGGACUUAGAGUUCCAGCAGCUGGAGCGGGAAAGCCGAGUGGAGGAGGAGCGGGAGCUGGCGGGCCAGGGGCUGCUCAGGAGCCAGGCCGAGCUUCUCCGCAGCAUCACCAAGAGGAAGGAGCGUCUGGCAGUCCUGGACAACCAGGCGGGCCAGAUCCGGGCCCAGGCCGUGCAGGAGUCCGAGCGCCUGGCGCGGGAAAAGAACGCCUCCCUGCAGCUGCUGCAGAAGGAGAAGGAAAGACUGACUGUGUUGGAGGGGAGAUACCACUCGCUCACAGGAGGCAGGCCCUUCCCGAAGACCACGUCCACUCUCAAAGAGAUGGAGGAGCUGCUGCCCCCUGCUGUAGACUUAGAGCAGUGGUACCAGGAGCUGAUGGCCGGGCUGGGGACCGGCCCCCCUGCGGCCUCCCCGCGCUCCUCUCCCCCGCCUCUGCCCGCCAAAGCUUCCCGGCAGCUGCAGGUUUACCGCUCCAAGAUGGACGGUGAGGCCACCAGCCCCUUGCCCCGGACCCGCAGUGGCCCCCUCCCCUCUUCCUCUGGCUCUUCUUCCUCUUCCUCCCAGCUCAGCGUGGCUACCCUGGGCCGGAGCCCCUCUCCAAAGAGUGCUCUGCUCGCCCAGAACGGGACAGGCAGCCUUCCUCGCAACCUGGCGGCCACGCUGCAGGACAUCGAGACCAAGCGCCAGCUUGCCCUGCAGCAGAAGGGCGAGUCGCUUCCUGCCGAGCCCCCCCCAGCCGACAGCCCAGCAGGACAGCAGGUGAUUGAGGAGCAGCGGCGCCGCCUGGCAGAGCUGAAGCAGAAGGCGGCGGCUGAGGCCCAGUGCCAGUGGGAUGCCUUGCACGGGGCGGCCCCCUUCCCGCCGGGCCCCUCCGGCUUCCCCCCGCUCAUGCACCACUCCAUCCUGCACCACCUGCCGGCCGGCCGGGAGCGCGGAGAGGAAGGCGAGCACGCCUACGACACGCUGAGCCUGGAGAGCUCGGACAGCAUGGAGACCAGCAUCUCCACCGGCGGCAACUCGGCCUGCUCGCCCGACAACAUGUCCAGCGCCAGCGGCCUGGACGUGGCCAAGAUCGAGGAGAUGGAGAAGAUGCUGAAGGAGGCGCACGCCGAGAAGAGCCGGCUCAUGGAGUCCAGGGAGCGGGAGAUGGAGCUCCGGAGGCAGGCCCUCGAGGAGGAGCGGAGGCGGCGUGAGCAGGUGGAACGGAGGCUGCAGAGCGAGAGCGCCAGGAGGCAGCAGCUGGUGGAGAAGGAGGUCAAGAUGCGGGAGAAACAGUUUUCCCAGGCACGACCCCUGACCCGCUACCUGCCGAUCCGGAAGGAGGACUUUGACCUGAAGACCCACAUCGAGUCCUCGGGCCACGGCGUCGACACCUGUCUGCACGUGGUGCUCAGCAGCAAGGUCUGCCGUGGCUACUUGGUCAAGAUGGGCGGCAAGAUUAAAUCGUGGAAGAAGCGCUGGUUUGUCUUCGACCGGCUCAAGCGCACCCUUUCCUAUUACGUGGACAAGCACGAGACGAAGCUGAAGGGGGUCAUCUACUUCCAGGCCAUCGAGGAAGUGUACUAUGACCACCUGCGCAGUGCAGCCAAGAGCCCCAACCCGGCCCUCACCUUCUGUGUGAAGACCCACGACCGGCUGUACUACAUGGUGGCGCCGUCAGCGGAGGCCAUGCGCAUCUGGAUGGAUGUCAUCGUCACCGGAGCCGAGGGCUACACACAGUUCAUGAACUGACCUUACCAGUCCGGGCAUGGGCCUGCUGCACUGCCCCGGGGGGAACAGAGUCGCACUCUGGGCCCCAGGCUGCGCAGCAGUGCUCCCAGAGGCCCUGGGAGGGCUCUUGUACAAGACUUCGUACCUUUCUGUAAAGAGCUGGUCCUGUGAAUGUCCGCGCUCAGGGCCCCUGAAGAACCAGCCAGCAGAUAAGUGGGGAGGCUACUGGGGACUCAGAACUGGCAAGAACCCUUCAUGGUCCGGCCCCAGGGCUGCCAGGGCUGAGCAGCUGGCAGAGCAGGCCCAGCUCUGACCUGGCACCUGCGCUCCCCUAGCCUAAGUUCUCUUUCGCAAAGGACAAAUUAUGGUACCAGAAUCUGCCAAAGAUCCCUCCUUGCCUCCGGACCCCCCGCCCUUUGCAGGGGCCUUGGGGGCUGAGGACAGCCACAUCUGGAGUGGGGUAACAGCUCAGGCGGUGUACUUCUCAAACCCCGCUCUACCCUGCUCUCCUGCAUUUUUGUUAUUACUUUGUUCAAGGGCCAGAGACCUCAAGUGUCAUCCUUGAGGUCCCAACCCCAUCCCCUUUUUGCAGACCCCAAACCCUGAUCUCCAUAGUGACUGCUUCGUCGCCAUGGUUACAUACACACUCAUGGCCCCGGCUCUGUGGCUCUGCCCAUGCUUCAACCGUGGGCCCAUCUGAGGGUACGUACUGCCAUCUCUCCAGCCCAGGACCUUGUGCAUCUCAUGCUGAGGCGGGGGGAGGGACCAACCCCCGCCCCAGCUGUCCCCUGCCUGUGGCUCCAGGCCCCGGUGCGCAGCCUGCCGGUCCCCCAGUUCAGCCCUCUCCCUUCCACUCGUGCCUUGCUUAGAGCCAGAAGGGACGAAGCUCGGACAUCCAGAGACUGGAGGAGGAGGGAAGCAGAUGGGAGAGGCGGCUAGAUGGGUUGUACAGGCUGAGUUCCUAAUAGGGCUGGAGGGCUGCUCAGACAACCCCAAGGGGAACCUGAGCAAGAGAGGAGGCGGCAGAGUGAGAGGACCCUGCGGUCUGGCUGCCCUCCCUUCAGCCUUGGAAGGGUGACAGAAAUGGAGAGCAGAGGACCAGGCCAACAGCUAUCUGGCCUCGGCCCUUCACGCCUUAACACUAAGCCCACCUCCCUGCCCACCACUGGGCCAUGGCUGCUGGGCCCCGGGCUGGGUGAUGAUCAGUAUUUGUAAGCAUCUCAACAGAAUAAUAAACCAUUUGGACUAUG